AUGGGUUCUGAUUCUUUUCAAAUAUUCAUUAAAGGUCUCGAAGGAAGGACGACUACGUAUAAUAAUAUUACGCCAGAAACUAAGGUUAUAGAUCUUAAGAAAAUGGUGAAAGAUAAAACAGAUGUGGAAAUUGAACAACAACGUCUCAUUUUUGCUGGGAAACAACUCAAUGAUGAUAAUUCAACAAUGGAUAGUUAUAAAAUAACGAAACAUUCUACACUUCAUUUGGUCCUUAGACUUCUGGGCGGCGCAGCUGAGAAACAACAUGACCCCAACGAUGACAUUGAGCUAACCAAUGAACCUGAUAUGAUCACUUGGGAUGAUGACCCAGACAACUUACGUGCAAAGAUGCCAUGUGGUCACGCUAUUGGUCCUGAAUCCCUGACUGCCUUUUGCAGAUCACUUGUUAGCGGAGGCAGAUUUCAAUUUUUUUGUCCGUAUGUUAACCCGACAAACGAUGCUCGUUGCCAUGUGGAAUGGCAAUAUGUUGACAUCCGUAGGAUAGGUCUGCUUACUGAUGAUGAGCGCAAAUAUUUUGAAGAUAAGAUUAGUGAAAAUUAUUCUUUUCGCGCCCUCGGUACUCAAGAAUGUCCUCAGCCAGGAGCUAAAGAAUACGCAUUCUGUUGGUACUGCUUACACGAAGUUAAGAGUUCACAUGGUUAUCGUUGUAAUAAUAAUCUUUGUGGAGGUGUCGAUCCACGUCUAGCCAUUCUCAGAAACGCGGUCACAAAACAAGUAGGUAGCGUAUCUGGAGUACCAUCAUGUCGCGCAUGCCCGAAAUGUGGUACAAUUAUCGAACAUGAUCGCAACUGUAAACAUAUGAAAUGUCCUUGCGGUCAAGAAUUUUGGAAAUCGGAAGAAAGUACUGCAAAACGUCCAAAAAUCCUUAGCAUGAAGAAUAUUAAUAUUGGGGAGACCACUGGAUUCGAAACUAUUACAAAUACGAAAGAAAAAGCAUGCAUCAAGAAAGCAAAAGUCCCAAUUCGUCAAUUAAUGCUUCCAGCAUUUAAUAAGCUCAUUACUGGUGAAAUUGAUGAUUUCAUUAAACUUUUAAAAUAUUUCCUGCAAACAAGAUCACUGAGAUCACUGGAGUUAUCAAGUGAACCUGUGCUACAAGGAAUUGUAGAGUGUCUUUUAGAUCCACCAGAUAAAUCUAUUCUCCUUCCAAUGUCAUUUCAUGUCACUGAGCUUCGUCUUAUAGUUGAUGGAAUGAAGAAAAGUGGUGACGGACGCUUUGGUUUUGUGGACCUUUUUGUUUUUGAAAGUGGGGAUGGCCCAUUGAUAUCAAAUGUU